UUUCACAUUUCUCUUGAACGCAAACAACACUGGCGUCCGGGCGCUGCUGCUGCUGCGGUACCAGUCGUGACCGCCCGACUGCUCGGCUUUUCACGGCUCACAGAUGUAAUUCGUCGCCUACCACCGACUGGAACCGACCAAUUUACAGCCAUUCACAGCCUGGCUACGGUUAGGACAGAUUCUUACUAUCACACUGUCUAAAUAUCAGCGACUUUUUCGAAGUCACCCGGCCAGCUAACGCGCGUUAGCAGGUUAGACGUGAUUUUCAGAGGCGCAUAGAGCCAGUAUACGAGCAUCUCUCAUGGUUCUGGGCUUGGAUUGUUUAGUUUGUUAUCUCGAGACGACAUCUGGAGUUUAAUCUGCUUUAAAAACGGACAUGUUGACACCUGUGUGACGGACAUUACUGCGAGUAACGCCGAUCUGAACGCUGCUGAGUUGGCUAACUUAAAGGAGCAGCUCGAUAACUUGCCCUGAAGUUUUUCUCGUGUGUGUGCUAAGCAGGACUUUUCAUAUGCGUUUCCUGGAACUUCGACAGAAGAAAACAGGAGCUAACUUUUGAGAUUACAGAUGCACAUCUAUUUAAAGCCGAACAUUAAUAGUUACGGCUGAAUUUGGGACCCUUUGCCUACCGGCCUAAUAAAACUUGUGAGUCCUCGGACUCGAUUUUGCACAAUUGUGCUGGGGGCAAUUCUGUUGAUUUUAUUCACUAGUAGACGGGUUUAGAUUGUUUAAUACUGUAAUUUCCCAGCAAAUUCGUUAGUUUAACCGAAGAAAAAUCACAUAGGAAGUUCACAUUUAAUGUUGACUACCGACUAUAGUGUUCGUCGAUUUUUGUUUCAAAUUAAACUCGUGUUCCUGCCGAAAAUAGUAAACAAACUAUGACUUAAUGUCAGCAUUUAACGUAAUUUAAAACCUACUCUGUACUGGUUUUGGGGUCUCACAAAGAGCUCAGGGGGCUCUUUACAACUUGGACUUUGGAUACUUCUCAUUGUGCUCUGUCCAUGUCACAUCUGAUUGAAUUGUGAGACCUGUGAAGACGUUCAGUUUCUGAUUAUAAACUGUCUAAUUCAUCCUCAAAACGAUGUCGACCAGGAUACCACUUUUAGCCAUCCAUGACCACUCCUCUGGCCAGUCUCACUCGGACUCAAAGCCCGGUGGGCGCAGCACUAUGCCCCACUCCACAGCAGACGAGCAGCCACACAUCGGCUGCUACAGGCUCCUCAAAACCAUCGGCAAAGGCAACUUCGCCAAGGUCAAACUGGCCAAACACAUCCUCACCGGCAGAGAGGUGGCAGUGAAAAUCAUAGACAAGACUCAGCUCAACUCCUCCAGUCUUCAAAAGCUAUUUCGGGAAGUGAGGAUCAUGAAGCUCUUGAAUCACCCAAAUAUCGUGAAGUUAUUUGAAGUGAUUGAGACUGAGAAGACCCUCUACUUGGUGAUGGAAUAUGCCAGCGGAGGUGAGGUGUUUGAUUACCUCGUAGCCCACGGCAGAAUGAAAGAGAAAGAGGCCCGAGCCAAAUUCAGACAGAUUGUAUCAGCCGUGCAGUACUGUCACCAGAAGUGCAUUGUUCACAGAGACCUCAAGGCAGAGAACCUGCUUCUGGAUGCAGACAUGAACAUCAAAAUUGCAGACUUUGGCUUUAGUAAUGAGUUCACACUGGGCAACAAGCUGGAUACUUUUUGCGGCAGUCCUCCUUAUGCUGCCCCCGAGCUCUUUCAGGGGAAGAAGUACGACGGGCCGGAGGUGGACGUCUGGAGCCUUGGGGUCAUACUGUACACACUGGUCAGUGGUUCUUUGCCGUUCGAUGGACAGAACCUAAAGGAACUUCGAGAACGGGUUUUGAGGGGCAAGUACAGGAUUCCCUUCUAUAUGUCGACCGACUGUGAGAACUUACUGAAGAAAUUCCUCGUUCUCAACCCAUUCAAGCGAGGGAGCCUUGAGCAGCAGAUCAUGAAGGACCGAUGGAUGAAUGUGGGCCACGAGGACGAGGAGUUGAAGCCCUACAUCGAACCCCAGCCUGACUACAAAGACCCUAAGAGGACAGGUCAGCACCCCAGCAGUACAGGGGUUUGGAGAAGAGAUAUUAUGAUACGGAUGGGAUACUCUCUAGAUGAGAUACAAGACUCCCUUAUCAACCAAAAAUAUAAUGAUGUCAUGGCAACUUACUUAUUACUGGACUAUAGGAACUCAGAGCUGGAUGAACUCUCAAUAAAGGCUCGUCCUGGCACUGACCUCACAAACAACGCCCAAUCACCUUCUCACAAGGGACAACGCAGUACCUCCAACCUGAAGUCCCGCAGAUCCACAGACCAAAGCUCCGUUUCCAGCAAGCGUCCUCAGGGCGACAGUAAGCACAUAGGCAGUUCAGGCAGCUCCAGCAAAGUCCCUCCCAGUCCUCUGAUCUCCGGAGACCACAAGAAAACACCCACCCCUUCCACUAACAGCAUUCUGUCCUCAGGCACAGGCCGCAGCAGGAACUCUCCAAUCACUGAGAGAGCCACUCUGGGUGUACAGAACGGCAAGGACAGCCUGCACACUCCAGGGUCCCGUGCCUCCACUGCCUCAGCGGCCGCAGUCCUUGCCGCCUCAUCCCGCACCCGACACCACAAGUCCCUGUCCACAUCCGCCCACCCCAGUCCCCCUGACCUCCAUGCACAUCGGCCAAGCACAGCCAACCAGAGAGCACCAGUGGUGUCCCCCUCGGCUCAGAACAUCAACAUUUCCUCAAUGGCCGACCGCACCAACUUCUCCAGAGGGGUGACGAGCAGAAGCACUUUCCACGCAGGCCAGCAGAGAGCUACACGAGACCAGCAAGCGUCAGCAUACAAUGACCCCUCCGCCUCCCCAUCCCUUUCUCAUGGCAACAGCCAGGUGCGCCGUCCCGGGACGGGCAUCUUCAGCAAGUUUACUUCCAAAUUUGUACGCAGAAAUCUCUCAUUCAGAUUUCCCAGAAGGAGUCCGUAUGAGGGAGAGGGUCGAGAUGAGGCCAGCAGACCCAUGUUGAGCACAGCAGACAAGAUGGAGAAAGGUACCCAGGGAAACCCCAGCGACGAAAACAAGGACUCCUUUUCCUCCUCUUCUCAAGCGUCCAGCAUACCCUCCUCCACCCAGGCCUCCAAGGAUACCAAGCCACGCUCUCUGCGCUUCACCUGGAGCAUGAAGACCACCUCCUCCAUGGAGCCCAAUGAAAUGAUGAAGGAGAUCCGGAAGGUCCUGGACUCCAACAGCUGCGAGUACGAGUUGCGCGAACGCUUCAUGCUCCUCUGCAUGUCGGGAAACCCAGCGCAUGACGACUUCGUCCAGUGGGAGAUGGAGGUGUGCAAGCUACCUCGCCUCUCCCUCAAUGGGGUGCGCUUUAAGAGGAUCUCCGGGACCUCCUUCGCCUUCAAGAACAUCGCUUCGAAGAUCGCAAAUGAGCUUAAACUGUGAGGAAGACGACGGCUUCUGCGGAAGAUAUCUUGAGCCCUUGUUUUGGGAAUGAGGAGGCACUGUGAGGAGAGUCUACGGCAGCAAUGAAGAGUCUCGAGGCUGUAAAGGGGGAAAAGGUGUAAGACAGGUUCAUGGGGGACAUUUGUGCAUAUAGACAUUUUUCAGGGGGUUUCUUUUUUGGGGGAGGUGUUCUGUCUUGGUUUGGGUUUUCUGUUCCUUUCUCAGCUCCCCCCCUCGAAAACUUUGUUGUUGUCUUUAUUUGUGGCAAUUUCGUUCAAAUGUUGUGGUUUUUCUUGGAACUCACAAUUGUCCUCAAUUCUGACAGCGACAAGAGGUUGGUGUUGAUAAACUGGAAAUGUUUGCCAGUGGUUUCUUUUUUCUAUGAACGUAAGCCAGCUACUGUCUUGGAAACUACCCCACCCCCCAUACCCUGGUCCUUAUUCCUCGUUCAUCCCAAACCACAAACAAUGGUAAACCCCACCACAUUACUUGAUCUUACUUCCAGAUCCAGGUUAGCUGUGAUGAGCAGAGAUUGGCGGUUGAAUUGACGGUCUGAAUGUACUACACAAAAUCACGACCCAAAUGGCUAGGCACAUUCAGUAGAGCUGUAAUUCUGAAAGCUCUGAUUGGUUCUGAUCUAGCCAGUGAUAUGGUAGCUAAUCUGUAUACUCUGCCCCAUUUUUACAUUACAGUACAGUGUCUUAUUUGAGCUGAAAUGGAAUUGUUGACUUGAACCCUCGGUGCACUGGAGGUGAAUCACCUCUUCGCACCCCUACGCCCAGACAAUUAGUUUAUUUUGUUGUUGUUGUUUGUUUGUUUUUCCUCUACUGCAGGGGUUAUAUAUCAGAAACUAAUUAAGGGCCAAUUAAGUAAUUAUUGGUGGAUUGUAGUGUAAUUAAGAAUUGCUGGUUGGAUCCAAUCUGCUGCACUGGAAUGAGUCUGUGUUUCGUUGCCUUUCUCUGGAGAAGAUAAUUAUUAAUAUUAUUAUAUGAAUAAACCAGACAUUGGAUGAUUUGUGUUCAACUGUUUAUGAACAUUA